AUGUUACUCCCUUAUAUUGCCUCCAUCUUUCUACUGUUAAGAAUAUGUACUUCUUUAGACACCAUAGCUGUGAACAAAAAUAUCAUAGAUGGCGAGACCAUCGUUUCGGAGAAAGAAAAGUUUGAGUUGGGUUUCUUUAGCCCAGGUAGUUCAAAGCAUCGAUACCUGGGGAUAUGGUUUAAGAACACAUCACCACGUGGAGUUGUUUGGGUGGCCAACCGCGAAACUCCUCUUAUCAACACCUUGGGCAUGGUCAAUUUGGACAACCAAGGGACCCUGUCUAUUGUUGAUGGUGCUGGUAAGGCCAUUUGGUCAUCCAGCUCCUUUGUGUCCUUCACAAAUGUCAAUCCCAUAGCACAACUCCUGGAUAGUGGCAAUUUGGUAAUUAAAGAUGAGAGUAGUGUCAUUUGGCAAAGUUUUGAUUACCCUGGAGAUACCUUCAUAUCAGGAAUGAAGUUGGGGAAGAACUUCAUAACAGGAAAAGAGUUGUACCUGACAUCAUGGAGGAGUGCAGAUGAUCCUUCCACAGGUGAGUAUACAUAUUCGUACUUAAUGGAGGCGUGCAAAUAUCCACAAGCAUAUAUUAAGAAAAAUUCUGUUAUUGAAACAAGGACAGGGCCGUAUGAUGGUGUAGAUUUUGCAGGGCAGCCAAACUAUAAGCAUACCCCUUAUCAUAUGUAUGUAGUCGAUAUGGUUAUGCAUCAGAAGGAGAUGUAUUUCCAGUAUACUUCUAAUCUCACCACAAUUUUGUUGAAGUCUACUCUGGAUCCAAGUGGUAAGUUUGAGAUCUCGCAGCUAAAUAACCGGAACCACGAAUGGAUGCCAGAUCAAACCAUACCAGUAGAUUAUUGUGACAACUAUGGACUAUGUGGCCCAUAUGGAAGCUGUAGUACAGCCACUUCUCCUACUUGUGAGUGCUUGAAAGGGUUUGAGUUACUGAUUCCUGAUAAUUGGACUAGUGGAUGUACACGGAGCAUAGCCUUGGAUUGUGGGCCUGGAGAGGGAUUUCUAACAUUUUCAAGCAUAAAACUUCCAGACACACAAAAUGCCAUGUUUAAUGCCAGCUUGAGUCUCCAGGAAUGUGAGGUAGCUUGCAAGGAGAAUUGUUCGUGCACUGCCUAUGCAAAUCCAAACAUGACUGCAGGUGGAGUUGGAUGCUUGAUAUGGUUUGGAGGCUUGAUUGACAUACGAGUCUACUCACAAAAUGGGCAAGAUCUUCAUGUUAGGCUGGCAGCUACUGAACUUUCAGAAGUUAAUAUGGUCUCUCAGUAUAAAAGGAACGGGGUAAUGAUCACCAUGGUCAUAUCAAUUUCAUCAGCUUUGGUGCUUCUGCUUGCUGUAGCAUAUGCAUGUUUAAAGAAAAAUACAAAGUCCCGCAUGAAAGGAAGAGCUAACUGGUAUGCGCUUCAUAAAAAGAACACAGAUGUCCUAAUUGAAGAUCUGGAUGAGCUGCGUUUUUAUAGCCUACAAAAAAUAGCUAAGGCUACAGGUAAUUUCAGCAUCAAUAAUAAGAUAGGAGAAGGUGGCUUUGGACCUGUUUACAAGGGGGUGCUGGAAGAUGGUCAACAAGUAGCUAUUAAGAGGCUAUCAGAAACAUCCAAACAAGGGAUUGAUGAGUUUAAGAAUGAAGUCAUUUGUAUUGCAAAACUUCAGCACCGGAAUCUUGUGAAGCUUCUUGGAUACUGUGUGCAUGGAAAUGAAAUGAUUUUGAUUUAUGAAUACAUGGCUAACAAAAGCUUGGACACAAUUCUAUUUGAUGAACCCAGAAAUUACUUGCUUGACUGGCCUCAGCGUCUUAACAUCAUACAUGGGAUAGCUCGAGGUAUUCUGUAUUUACAUCAAGAUUCCCGCCUUCGAAUUAUCCACAGAGAUCUCAAGGCAGGUAAUAUUCUGUUGGAUGACGACUUAAACCCAAAAAUCUCUGACUUUGGUCUUGCCAGAAAGUUUGUAGGAUCCGAUACUUCAGCUAUGACAAAAAAAGUGGUUGGGACAUAUGGUUACAUUUCACCAGAGUAUGCAGUACACGGGCAAUUCUCUGUAAAGUCAGACGUAUUUAGCUUUGGUGUUUUAGUGUUGGAGAUAGUGAGUGGUAAGAAAAACAGAGAAUUCUCUCACAAAGAUCACAAUGACAACCUUCUUGGACAUGCAUGGAGACUCUAUAAAGAAGGCAGGGUUAGUGAACUUAUGGAUGCAUCCUUACACGACUCAUGCAAUGUCUCUCAAGUGCUAAGGUCAAUACAUGUCGGGCUACUAUGUGUGCAACAUCAUCCAAAUGAUAGGCCAACUAUGUUGUCGGUGGUUCUAAUGCUUGUCAGUGAAGGUGUGUUGCCUCAACCUAAACAACCUGCUUUUUUUACUGGAGAGAGCGGUAGUGAAGUUCAGUCAGUGUCAUCAGUUGCUGAGGAUACGAUAACACAACUUUAUGCUAGAUAGCAAGCACAUGUUUAUGUCAAAUUUAUUUUCUUGU